AUGCAAGUUGUCAUUUAUCAACAGUUAAAGGAAUCAAAAGCUUUCCUCAAUGGAUUGUCAUCUUCAGGUGAACAAGGGAAGGAAUUGAAGAGGAUUGGAGGAUCUGGGAGCUUGAACUAUUGUUUUCCAAUUCCUCUCUCUUUAGCCGCCAGGAAAGAGGAAUCCACGUUAAUUCGGUCCAAAUACCCACAGAAAAUACCGGUUAUUGUGGAACGGUAUCCCGGCGAGAGGCAUUUGAAAACGCUGGAUAAAACCAAAUUCCUGGUUCCUCAAGAUGUGACUGUGAGCCAUUUCAUUACCGUCAUCAGGAACCGGUUGUUUCUAACACCUAAUCAAGCUUUUUACCUUGUGGUGAAGAACAGAAGUCUCUCAAAUAUGUGUACCACCAUUGCAGAAUUGGACCAAGAAUUCAAGGAUUCUGAUGGCUUCCUGUACAUCUGCUAUGCAUCCCAGGAGAUGUUUGGUACAAGAUGGUUGGAACUCUGA